GUGGGCGUUGAAUAAACAUAGUGAUAAGGAAGUUUUAGUGAGCCUUACCGCAGCAGAGGUCUCUCUGCGUACAAGUGAGGGAGCGAGGGAGUUGUUGUAUGUGGGGACUUGCAUGCUCUGGAACUAUCAGAAUCAACCCAGAAUGUCUGAAAAUAAGAGGAAGGGAAAGGGCAAGGGGAAAAAGAGAGGGGAAGGUCGCAGAGGUGGGAGAAAGAAGGGCAAGGAUGGAGUUCCGAAGCUGAAGAAACUUAAAAAUCAGACUCUCCAGGAAGGGCAGAGGCUCUCUCUCAAAUGUGAGGCGUCAGGCAACCCUCAGCUCGUGUACAGGUGGUUCAAGGAUGGAAUGGAGCUAAAGAAGAAUGGUGAAAUUAAGAUAAAGACUGGAAAAAAAAAUUCGCGGCUUCACAUAAAUAAAGUGAAGUUACAAGACGCUGGGGAGUAUACGUGCGAGGCUGAAAAUGGUCAAGGCAAGGUUACUUCGAAGUGCACCAUUAAUGUCCAAGCUGCUCCAACUCCAACUCCGAGCCCGAAUCUGUCUACACCGUCACCGACACCCACCCCUGAAUCUCCGGAGUCCGGGCAUGCCAGGAGAUGCAAUAAGACUGAAACAUCCUACUGUGUUAAUGGCGGUGUGUGUUAUUAUAUAGAUGGUAUAAAUAAACUCUCUUGCAAGUGCCAUCCUGGAUUCUUCGGACAACGAUGUAUGGAGACUGAGCCCUUGAGAUCAUAUAAACCUGAUCUAAAGCAUCUUGGAUUUGAAUUUAUGGAAGCUGAGGAACUCUAUCAGAAGAGAGUUCUGACCAUCACUGGCAUCUGCGUGGCCCUUCUUGUUGUUGGAAUUGUAUGUGUCGUCGCGUAUUGCAAAACAAAGAAACAGAGGAAGAAAAUGCAUAAUCACCUGAGGCAAAACUUGUGUGCAGACCAUCAGAACCGAAACCUUGCCAACGGGCCCAACCACCCUGGGCCACUGCCCGAAGACAUCCAAAUGGUUGAUUAUGUUUCCAAAAAUGUUCCAGCCUCUGAACACGUGAGACGGCACGAGACGGAAACCUCGUUUUCGGGGAGUCAGCCAUCGUCCACCUCUCAUCGUUCUUCCACGGCAACGCAUACAUCCAGCCAUAGGAAUGGAGAACGGACGUGGAGCGUGGAGCAGACAGAGAGCAUGACCUCGGAGAUGCACUCCGGGAUGAUGACGUCCUCCUUAGACACCAGCAAGUGUAACAGCCCCGUGGAGCCGCGAGGCAGACUGAGCGCUGUGUGCGGCUUUCACGACACCAGACACCCCAUGCUGUACUGCCGGGACUCCGUGGAUUCCCUCCGAGACUCUCCUCACAGUGACAGGUACGUGUCAGCGCUCACCACGCCGGCUCGCUUGUCUCCUGUCGAGUUCCACUACUCCCUGCCAGUGAGGGCGCCCAGCUUCGAGCUGUCUCCCCGGGUCUCUGCCCCCGGGUCGUCUCUGCCGCCCACAGCGGGGGGCUACAGGGUGGAGGAGGAGCAGCCGUUACUGCGGAGAAACCGCCCGUACCCAACAGACAACCAGAGGCACGACCCUUACAAACAGCGGAGAAACUACCUGCAUGACAGCUUCGGGAGCCUGCCCCCCAGCCCGCUGAGGACUGCCGAAGACGACGAGUACGAGACCACUCAGGAGUACAUCCCAGCAGCGCUGGAGCGGCCGAGGAAAGUGGCAAACAGCAGCCGGAGGUGGCGGAAAACAAAACCGAACGGGCACAUCUCGCACCGAGCUGAGUGCGACUGCGAUUGUGACUCGGACUCGGGGACGUGCAGUUCUGACAGCGAUUGUGCCGUUGAGAAAGUGGGGGAACGCACCCCUUUCUUAAACUCCCAGAACGCGCCCGGAGCCAGCACGACGGAGCAAACCUCUCUAUUCCGACUGCCGGACACCAGGACUUUCCCAUCGGAACGGCACAACCCCAGGGAGAGCUUACAGACCAGGACCGCGCGGACACGGUCGAAUCGAGACUCAGCCGCCGUGUAGAGCAAAACAAAACAAAAAACAAAACACACCAAACUCCGCAGAUCCCCAACUGUAAAAAUAUUUUAUUUUAUAUAAUUAUCAGAUAUUCUACAAAGGAAUUAAAUUAAAAAAAAAACAUUUUAUUUUCAUUUUAGCAAAGUUGUCUUCUAGCUAAAAAAAAACAGGAAAAGUCUUUUUUA